CACUAGCUAGCACGCAGGCAGCGCACAUACUGGCCGCGAAAAAAAGACGCGCAUCACUUUUUACCCAAAAAUAUUUGAAAGCAUGCGCCGCGUUCUCCGCGGCGCGACGGCGCGCACCUUCGUCGUGCAGCCGCGCCCGCCGAAGCGGCGGCUCCUCGAGCUCACGUUAGUGCGGCACGGCCAGAGCGAGGGCAACCUCGCGUACCGGCGCGCGGGCCAGGGCGACGACUCGCUGUACGACGGCGCGUUCAUGGACCGGCACUCGUCGCUGUGGCGCCUGACGGACCGCGGGAGAAGGGAGGCGCGCGCCGCGGGCGAGUGGCUCAAGGAGAACUGCGACCAGUUCGACGCGCACUACACGUCCGAGUUUCUGCGGGCGAUGGAGACGUCGGCUUUACUUAAUAUAGAGGGCGCGCGCUGGUACGCCGAGCCGAACUGUCGCGAACGGGACUGGGGCUCCUGGGAUUUAGCAAGGCCCAACGAACGGCUGUCCAAGGAAGAAUCGCGGAGGAGAAGGGCGGGUUUAUAUUUCGCGCCGGCAGGUGGGGAGUCCCUCGCGGCGGUGAUAUUGAGGGUGGACCUCCUCCUAGAUUAUCUGCAUGGGCGCUAUCCGGAUCGGAGGGUGCUGAUCGUCUGCCACGGGGAGCUCAUGUGGGCCUUCCGGCUGCGGUUCGAGAAGUUGAAUCAGAUCCAGUUCCGGGACAUGGCCCACGUCGCGCGCCACGAGGAACGCAUCCAUAAUGGUAGUGUGCUGCGAUAUACCAGAGAGGACCCGGCCACGGGCGAGCCCGCCAAAUCAUUCAGGUGGAUGCAGCUCGCGACGCCCGGCCACGGCGACGCCAUCAAACGGCAGCCGCCCUGGAAGGAGUUCCGGCCCAUGUCCUACUCGAAUUCGGAUUUGUUGGAGCUCGUCGGGCGCUUCCCGAACAUCUACCGGAGCUCGCUCGACGAGCCGGGCGCGCGGCCGCUCCAGUCUAUAUUACCUUCCGAGCAGGACGACACGGGCUGGCCCGGCGAGCGCGGCUAACCUAGUGUACAUCAUUAUGCCAUCGCCGGGGGAUUGCUCCUGGGAAGCCUGCUAGUGCGGGG